UGUGCUGCUGUUAGUAAUGCUCGUCGCAGUGCCUCGCUCGCUGAAGUCGUCUCUGCGUUUCGCAAACGGGUUUCGAUAGACCGGUUCGAGUGAAGAGUUGGCGAGAGCCGAAAUUCGAGUUAGCGCUUCCGGUUCGCGAUACUUCGGCAGAAGAGUAGAUCCGCUUUUCUAGAGGUUGCCCCGUCCGCUAUCUGCUGCUACCUACCCGGCCCGCAGUUGGUGACGUGACAUACACACGGCGACAGGUCGCGAUUGCGGAAGAUUUCGGUCCAUCAAAAAAGGCCGUGUGCGUGCGUAGCUCUCCGUGUCGCCUUUGAGAGGGGUAAGAGGGCAACACAUAAAUCUCGUCACACCCCCCCGCCGGGUGACAUUGUGCGGCUGGUUGGUGGCUGUUGCACCUCGCGAUGGGUCUGAAAGAUUGCACGAUCGAGCUCGACAAUCCGUGGAACACCUACUACGCCGGGCAGACGGUUAAUGGCCAAGUAACGUUCACCUUCGACGCGCCGAAGAAAGUUAGAGGAAUUGUGAUAAAAUUCUCCGGCGAAUCGGAAACGAAAUGGAGCCAGACGGAAACGAAAACCGACCAGAACGGCAAGCAGUACGAAUCGACGACGAACCUGACCGGCCAGGAGGAGUACUUUCAAAUUCAGUACUACCUGCUGGGUGGUAAAAAUAGCGCCGAAACGGAACUGGGCCCCGGGGUACACACCUAUCCAUUCACCUGUGCCCUUCCACCGACGCUACCAUCGUCGUUCGAAGGCGAGUGGGGUUUCGUCCGGUACACGGUCAAGGUGACACUGGACCGGCCGUGGAAGUUUGACCAGGACAUCAAGAUGGCAUUCACCGUGAUUUCGCCGGUGGAUCUGAAUCUCAAUCCGCGCGUCAAGGACCCGUUCAAGCUGGAGCUCGAGAAAACGUUCUGCUGUUUCUGCUGCGCUUCCGGCCCACUGAACGUGAUCGUGCACAUCCCGGUGACGGGGUUCGUGUCGGGCCAAACGGUACCGGUCACGGUGGAAUGUGACAACGCCAGCAAUGUUGGUGUGGGCAAAAUUACGCUCACCCUGCGUAAGCUGCUCGCAUUCCACGUGCACACGCCGAGGCGCGAAACGAAACGCAAGAAGGAAAUUAUCACCACCAUCCAAAUGGGACCGGUCGAGGCGGGCAACAGUCAAACGUGGCAGCAGGCCAUACAGAUACCUCCGCUGCCACCGUCGAAUCUGGUCAACUGUGGCAUCAUAGACAUCGACUACGACAUCAAGGUCGUAGCGGAACCGGAAGGCAUGCACGCGGCCCUGGACGGCAACAUACCGAUCGUGCUGGGAACGGUGCCGCUCGAAUCGUUCCAGCCGCCACCGCCCUACACGGACAAUCCGCCGGAUACCGCCACACAGACGAUGGGUGCCGAAACUGAUCCUUCCAUGCUGCCCACACAACCGGUUAGUCCGGCCAGCCCGCCUAGCAACGGUGCCGGAGGGGCGCUGGGUUGGAACAUUGGCGCAGCCAGCACGUUCGCCAAUCUUCCACCUCCAACAUUUGCCGAAACCGCGUACAAAGCGCCAUCCAUCUCUGAUAAAAAUGAUUCGGAAUACACGCGCAUGAUCGGUGGACCGGAAUAUGCACCCCGAUACCCUACGUACGGGAUGAUGCCAAGCGCACCGCCAAUGACGAACAACUACUGAUCGGUAUGCGAUCGAUUCUCGAAGCCGAAGUUCAGUAGUGAAAAGCAUCACAUCGAUACAAUUUUUUUUUGUUCGUUUUCACCCCAAACGACUGUGGUUGCUAGAGCCACAGACAAUGUAGUCGACUAUUUACACUUACUGAUUCACUAUACUCUAUCAGUAUGCAGAAGGACGUCCUCUG